AUGUCAAUGUAUCUGCCUAAAGAAAUAAUUAUUGAAAUCCUCUUGAAAUUACCUGUAAAAUCCUUGAUCCGCUUCACCACAGUGUGUAAAUCAUGGCACACCAUCAUCUCCGAUUCCAAAUUCAUCUUCUCACACAUUUCAAAUGGUGAAAGCAAAGAAGACAACACACUCUUCUUACGGCGUUAUAUGGAAGACAAAGCAGAGCACUACACACUGCUUAAAGAUGUUGAGGACCAAACAUUAGGUCUCCAAUCUUCCUUAGUACUAGAUUUUCCCUUCAAAUCCCCAAUUGGGCAUUUUCGAAUAGUCGGCAUCGCCAAGGGCUUGGUAUGUUUAUACCAGGAAUUCUUUGCUGACCCUCCACAUUCCAUUAUUUUAUGGAACCCUUGCGUUCGAAAGCAUAUUGUUUUAACUCCCAACAUUAAUUCGGGAACGUUUGACAGUGUUGUUCUUGGAUUUGGUGCCACCAGUUGCGAUAUCAAGAUUGUCAGGUUGGUGUAUCAUAAAACUAAAGAUUUUGCUUGCAAGGUUCCUGCAGAGGUCGAGAUUUACUCGCUGAACUCGGGCACAUGGCGAAGGGUGCACUUUAAUGUUAGUUACAUAAUCAACGAUUUUAUGUGGUCCCAAGCUUUCAUAGAAGGUAGUGUACACUGGAUCGCCUUCAAUUCCCUCAAGGACUCCAAUCGGAGUAAUAGUUUCUAUAGUUUCAUUGCUUCGUUACACAUGGAUGAUGAGGUUUCUGGGAAGAUACUGUUACCGGAUGAUUUAGCACAGGUAUGUGCUACAUAUUUAUCUAUUACAGUUGUAGGGGGAUCACUUGGUGUGAUUAAGAAUGAUGAUAGUGGGUCUUGGUGUGUUUGGAUGAUGAAAGAGUAUGGAGUUAUGAAGUCUUGGACUAAGUUAUAUAAUAUUGAUUCUGUAGGAGGGAUAAAAUUCGUCAUUGGGUUUAGGAAGAAUGGUGAAGUUUUAUUGGCCUCACAGGGGAAAGCGCUAGUUACUUAUAAUCCAGAGACUAUGCUGUCUAAGGAUAUGGGAAUCAGUGGCAAGGCAAGCUCAUUUUAUAUUCAUAAAUACACGGAAAGCCUUGUUUUGCUUACAGGACAAAAUGUUGUUGCAGACAAGCUAUUGCUUCCAGCUGGUAAGUCAAGCCAUAUACUUCAUGGAGACAAAAACAUCGACGGAGGCAAUGACGUGCUUGAAAGUAAGGCAACAAAAGGAAAAAGAAAAAUGUGA